GCUGUGGCCAUGGGGCGCCUGGAGCCAGCAGGGGAGGGGGAGCCUGGUGGCUCUGGUCUCCCCUGGGGGCGCGGGAGGUCCAGCCAUGCCACUCAGGAACGAUGUCAUUCCCCUGGUGAAGGAGCCCCGCCCCCCACCGCAGGCCCCGCGUCCCUGGAUCCUCCCGAGCCUGUUUGCUGCCUUCAAUGUGGUGCUGCUGCUGGUUUUCAGCGGCCUCUUCUUUGCAUUCCCUUGCAGGUGGCUGGCCCAGAACGGGGAGUGGGCCUUUCCCAUCAUCACGGGUCCCCUCUUUGUCCUCACCUUCUUCAGUCUCGUGUCACUCAACUUCUCAGACCCUGGCAUCUUACAUCAAGGCUCCAAUGAGCAGGGUCCCACGGCGGUGCAUGUGAUCUGGGUGAACCACAAGGCCUUCCGCCUGCAGUGGUGUCCGAAGUGCUGCUUCCACCGCCCGCCCCGGACCCACCACUGCCGCUUCUGCAACGUGUGUGUGGAGGAUUUUGACCAUCACUGCAAGUGGGUCAAUAACUGCAUCGGUCACCGCAACUUCCGCUUCUUCAUGCUGCUCGUGCUGUCCCUGUGCCUCUACUCGGGCGCCGUGCUGGUCACCUGCCUGAUCUUCCUGCUGCGUACGACCCCACAGACCCUUUACCUGGACAAGGUCAUCGCCAUCGUGGUGGCGGUCCCCGCCGCCUGCUUCCUGGUGCCGCUCUGCCUGCUGCUGCUGAUCCAGGCCCUGUCCGUGAGCGCGGCCGAGCGCUCCUGCGAGGGCCAGUGCCGCUACCUGUGGGGAUACAACCCCUUUGACCAGGGCUGCGCCAGCAACUGGUAUUUAGCAAUUUGUGCACCGCUGGGACCCAAGUACAUGGCCAAAGCUGUCUGGCUGCAGAGAGUGGUGGAGCCGGACUGGGUGCUCAUGCAGAACCUGCAUUGCCCAAUGUGCCCCUCUGCACUCACCCCCUCAGCCGUCCCUGGGCCUGCGUCUGGCCCCCAGCCCCAGCCUCUGGCUCUCCACAGACCAGGAAACGCUCCCCCAGGGAGUGGGGAGGCUGCGGCCCUCCAGGAGCUCCCCGCAGGCCCAGUGCUGCCCCGGCCGCGGGAGGCCCCCAGAUGAGGCUUGUCCCUUCUCGCCCAGCGAUGCCAGGACUCCCUGCACCCGAACCUCCCCUCCUGAGCCCCGCCCUUGGUGGGAAUUCCAAGACCGCCUCCACUCCCCCAAAGUCCAUUAAACACCCUUCUCCUGCUGUA